AUGGCAAAAUCGAGCUUGGAUAAGUCACUCUCCCUUGCUCUUGUUUUCCACUUGUUUGUUUUGUUACAUCACUCUCUCUGUGUUGCUUCUUCCAAGUCUAACGAAGAAGCCGAAGCUCUUCUCAAAUGGAAAGCCAGCCUUCAAUUCAAAAACCAGUCGAGCCUAAUUUCAUGGGAUUUUCCUCCUAAUAAUGCCACUAGUUUGGAUGCAUGCACUUGGUAUGGAAUUUCUUGUGAAAAUGGAAGCGUAUUUCAAAUCUCCCUCGAAGACGCAGGUAUUGCUGGUACACUCCAUGAAUUUCCAUUCUCAUCUCUCCAUAACCUUGCAUAUCUCAAUCUUGGCUCCAAUCAACUCAAUGGUUCCAAACCACCUCAAAUUAGUCAUCUUACCGAGCUUGUUUCUCUUGACUUGUCAAGUAAUUGGUUAUCUGGAAAUAUCCCAUUUGAAAUUGGCCUAUUAACUCAUCUUGAGGUUCUGCGACUCGAAUACAAUCGGCUUAACGGCUCAAUCACUCAAGAAAUAGGCAAGUUAAAGUCUCUCAACAAGCUUUAUUUGUACGGCAACAAUCUAGUGGGACUGAUUCCAACUUCUUUGGGAAACUUGAGGAACAUCACCUAUUUGGAUCUCUAUAACAAUGUGCUAACAGGCACACUCCAUGAAUUUCCAUUCUCAUCCCUCCGUAACCUUGCAUAUCUCGAUCUUAGCUACAAUGAAUUCCAUGGUUCCGUACCACCUCAAAUUAGUCAGCUUACCAAGCUCUCUUAUCUUGACUUGUCAAAUAAUCAGUUAUCUGGAAAUAUUCCUGCUGAAAUUGGCCUAUUAACUCAUCUUGAGGUUCUGCGACUCAAACACAAUCACUUGAGCGGUCCAAUCACUCAAGAAAUAGGCAAGUUAAAGUCUCUCAACAGGCUUUCUUUGUACAAAAACAAUCUAGAGGGACCAAUUCCAACUUCUUUGGGAAACUUGAGUAACAUGACCUAUUUGUAUCUCUAUAACAAUUUCCUAACAGGCACACUCCAUGAAUUUCCAUUCUCAUCCCUUCAUAGCCUUGCAUAUCUCGAUCUUGGCUCCAACGCACUCUAUGGUUCCAUACCACCUCAAAUUAGUCAGCUUACCAAGCUCAUUUAUCUCUACUUGUCAUCUAAUCAGUUAUCUGGGAAUAUCCCACCAGAAAUUGGCCUAUUAACUCAUCUUGAGGAUCUGCAACUCGGAUACAAUCGCCUGAACGGCUCAAUCACUCAAGAAAUAGGCAAGUUAAAGUCUCUCAUCUGGCUUUCUUUGCAGAGCAACAAUCUAGUGGGACUGAUUCCAACUUCUUUGGGAAACUUGAGUAACAUGACCUAUUUGGAUCUUGGUUUCAAUUUGCUAACAAGCACGCUCCAUGAAUUUCCAUUCUCAUCUCUCCAUAACCUUGCAUAUCUCAAUCUUAGCUCCAAUCUACUCAAUGGUUCCAUACCACCUCAAAUUAGUCAUCUUACCGAGCUUAUUUCUCUUGACUUGUCAUAUAAUCAGUUAUGUGGAAAUAUCCCACCUGAAAUUGGCCUAUUAACUCAUCUUGAGGUUCUGCAACUCGGAUACAAUCUCCUGAACGGCUUAAUCACUCAAGAAAUAGGCAAGUUAAAGUCUCUCAUCUGGCUUUCUUUGCACAGCAACAAUCUAGAGGGACUGAUUCCAACUUCUUUGGGAAACUUGAGUAACAUGACCUAUUUGGAUCUCGCUAACAAUUUACUAACUGGUUCUAUCCCUUCCACUUUUGGAAAAUUGAAAGUGUUAGAGCGGAUGCUUCUGAAUGACAACAGACUUUCUGGAUUCAUACCUCCAGAAUUUGGAUCAAUCACUCACCUUGGGUAUCUCGACCUGUCCUCAAAUAAAUUUAGCCACCCAAUCCCAAAGGAGCUAGGAAACUUGAUUAAUCUCAGGUACAUGAGGUUGAAGAAUAACCAGCUCAGCCAAGAAAUUCCAGUGACACUGAUGAAGCUACAAGACCUUUCUCAGUUAGAUCUGAGUAAUAACUUGCUCAUUGGUCAUAUACCACCAAGCAUUAGUGAUUUGAAAUACUUGGAGAAUCUGAAUCUCUCUCAUAAUAGACUCUCCGGUGGCAUUCCAAGAGGCUUCAACGAUAUGCCUAGCUUGACAAAUGUUGACCUAUCUUACAACAACUUGCAGGGUCGUAUACCAUACCGCAUAGUUAAUCCAGAUGCAGGCUUUGAAGCAUUCCAGGGAAACACAAAAUUGUGUGGCGACAUUCAAGGACUGCAAUCUUGUAGUGACGUGGAACGCAGAGACAAUUUUACUUUUAACAAGCGCUCUAAAAUCCCAUUUCUAGUCAUUCUACUCCCACUUUUAGCAGCACUUUUGCUUGUAUUUGCAGUCAUUGGAAUUUUCAUCAUCAGAAGAAAGAAUAAGGAAGAUCCUCAAGAUGAAGAGAGCAAUGCAUAUGACAAAUGUUUGUCUUGGAUGUCAUCAGCAUUUGAUGGAAGAAUCAUGUACGAAGAUAUCAUUACAGCAACAAAUGAUUUUGAUGCCUCAUAUCGCAUUGGAAGAGGGGGAUUUGGAAUAGUCUACAAAGCAGAAUUGCCUUCAGCUGGCAUUGUGGCCGUAAAGAAAUUUCACUCACCAGGUAAUGGGGAGCAUGCAUUCCAAAAAGAGUUCUUGAAUGAGAUAAAGGCAUUAUUGGAGAUAAAGCAUAGAAAUAUUGUGAAACUUCAUGGGUUUUGCUCAAAUGCUCGACACUCUUUUUUGGUCUAUGAAUAUCUUGAAGGGGGCAGCUUGGCCUCACAUUUGAGAAGAGAAGAAACAGCCAAAGAAUUAGAUUGGAGUAAAAGAUUGAAUAUUGUUAAAGGUGUUGCCCGAGCCCUCUGUUACUUGCACCAUGAUUGCUUACCGCCGAUUGUCCACCGAGACAUAUCGAGCAACAAUGUUUUACUGGAUUCUAAGUGCGAAGCUCAUGUAUCAGACUUUGGCACUGCUAAGCUUCUAAAGACUGAUUCCUCCAACUGGUCUAAAAUUGCAGGCACCUAUGGUUAUAUUGCACCAGAGCUUGCUUACAUGAUGAAGGUAACAGAGAAAUGUGAUGUGUAUAGUUUUGGGGUAUUGUCAAUGGAAGUGAUCAAAGGAGAGCAUCCAGGUGACAUCAUUGAGUCUCUAUUGUCUACUCGAGCAGAGGAGAAUAUGGUAGUGAAAGAUGUUUUGGACAUACGCCUUCCACCUCCGUCGCUCGCAGUUAAGUAUGAACUCAAAGUAAUCCUGGAACUUGCAAUUCAAUGCAUGCACUCUAAUCCAAAAAAUAGACCAACCAUGCAUAUGAUUUGCCAACAACUUUUAGCUCGAUUUGGUUUCCAAGAUCCACCCCCACAACUAUGUUUGGAUUAACUAGUAAUUUGAAGGCUAAUAAAUUCAGAUUGGACCAAACUAUGCUAAAAGGAAUUGUUCAUUCCAGACAUUGUAAGGCAUCAAGUAUGAAUAAUAUUGCUUACAUAUCUUUGUAUUGUUCAUUUCCUUCAUAUGUUUGACAUAAGCAUUGCAGCUGAGCAAUAUUAUAUGCAGCCUCUAUUUAUGGGAACCAAAUUAUGAUAAGUAUGUUUAGGCUAAAACAACUGUCUCAUACUUCACUUCCACAUACACCGUGUCUUUGCACAAUCAUGUCCUCUAGAGAUGGUUCUAUGAAUGUCAGUUAGCCAAGGUUGUAGCAGCAGCAAUGACUGCGGUUCCUCUUAAAUCAAAUUCUGAUUCUUUCUACAAGCAAUCCAAUCUGGUUUGUAAAACCUUCAGUAGAAGCCCUUGUUUUUUGAGACAGCAUUUUCCUUCACCAAACACUGGAUGCAAGAAGCAGAAUUCCCUUCUGUUUGCUAUUUUGUCAAGGAAAAAUACAGGACAAAUGUGUUACAAGAUAAUGUACAGAGUAUUCUUGAGUUGUAGUAUAGGCGGGAACCAUUCUUUGAGUGGGAUAGUGUAGUAGCCCUAAUUGUUGUAUAGUACAUGAUAUGGAUUUAAUUGCAAGCGCACAAAUCGCACAAGUAAUAUAAAGAUGAGUAAAUUAUCGUUUCCACUAGGGAUG